ACUAUCCUGGAUCUAGUUCCGGCGUCUCGUUGGUUCUUCUGCCCGGGAAAAUCCAACCCUGCUGACGUUGGUUCACGAGGAUGCUCAGUCAUUGAUCUAAUCCACCACACAUUAUGGUGGACAGGACCAUCUUUACUUCAACGAGAAGUAGACACGUGGCUGGGAACUGGUCAAACAUCCAUCUCCAAAGAGGAAGAAGAAUUAUGCGACAAUCCAGAAAUCAGCAAAAACAUUGUGCAAGCUCGGGUCUGCCUCACAGAAGUUGAUCAAGGCAUGUUGCACCGAUUUGAAAGCUGGCACUCAACAGUACGCCUGCUGGCGUGGGUACUCAGAUUCCUAAAUGCAUUAGGCCUUGAGAUUCCACCUUAUCCAAUGUCUUACAUUUCAAAGUGCAUAACACCCGACGAAUAUCGUCUAGCGGAAUGUUAUUGGAUUAGGUUGGCUCAACGUGAAUCCUUCGCAGAGGAAAUAACCCACAUCAAACAAGGUUUACAACCCUCAAAUGCGUCGGGGUUAAGGAACGCCAUGCCAAAAUUUGACAAAACCUUGAACUUGCUCGUAGCUCAAACUCGACUGAACGAGGAGCUUAUCAUCCUUCCAAGGCACCACGCUGUCACAGAGAAAAUCGUUCUCCAGUUCCACAACGAUCAUUUUCAUCUGGAUAAGACAAACUUAAACGCCUUAGUCCGAAGACGAUACUGGAUUCAAGGGUCAAAACGUGAGGUACAAAGAAUCGCCCGCUUGUGCCUCAAACCCCAUUGCAGAAAACUGGUGCCGCUACAGGAACAAAUGGGAACACUUCCAGCCAAUUUACGGGUUGACGAACCGUCCGGGUUCACAAACAUUUCCGUAGACCUUUUUGGGCCACUGCACCCAACUGACUGUGACAAAGCAUAUGGGUGCAUAUUCACUUGUCUAUACAGUCGAGCAGUUCAUCUUGAACUCACUCCAGACUUAAGUGCAGAGUCGUUCAUCGAAGCCUUUCGUAGACUUAUUGCACGACGAGGUCAACCAAAAAUUGUCUAUAGCGACAAUUUCAAAAGUUUCAAGGCAGCAGAAAAGGAACUUCGGCAUCUAUACUCAUACAUGGAUAGGCCAAAGAUCAGCCAUGCUUUCCCCACCAUUGAGUGGAUUUACAGCAUAGAUCGGGCACCAUGGACAAACGGAGUUACCGAAAGACUGAUCAGAACGGUGAAAACUCCACUCAGAGUGAUGCUCCAACGGUCUGCAUUGUCUUUCCGACAAAUCGAAACUUUAUUGAUAGAAAUAGAGGGCAUCGUCAAUAAUAGACCCCUUGCAGUUUCAGAAGAUCGACACCAGCUCCAUCCAAUCACGCCAGCACAUCUAGUGAUAGGGCGCAGGAUGGAUCUAUUACCGAACGACUAUGCCAAAAUUGAUGAGCGUCCAACAGCGCAAAAAUGGAAACACAGGACGGCUCUACUGAACCAAUUUUGGCGUCGAUGGUCCAACGACUACCUAUUGGAACUCCAGCCAACGCGCAAAUGGCAUCAUGGACAAAAUCUUGAGCUCAAAACCAAUAUGGUGGUCAUGGUGAGAGAUAAGAAUUUAUCCCGCCAAGAUUGGAAACUGGGUGUCAUCGAAGAUCUUCACAAAAAUCCGCAAGGCCUUGUUCACAAGGCCACAAUCAGAACCGUCUCACAUGGGAAACAGAGACCGUCGUACAUCACCAGGCAUGUUCGACAACUCAGCAUCCUUGAGGCACUUCUGGCGGAAAAUAAAUAAGGGUAGACGGAGACCGACUCAAUCAGUCAACUUCCAUCCAAGAAGCAGGCAUCAUGCACGCAUGUAGCUUCCUGACUCUAUCCUGCACCUUGUCACUUACAAUGGCAAAGGUGCAAAUUCAAACCAUUCCGAGGAACCACACCGCACAUCUUCACCUCCCGCCAAUUAUGGGCGUUAUUGGACACGGUCAUGUGGGCUUCAGGCUAAAUCUUACCCAUUUGUUGGAAAUCCCACUUCAACGGACCAGGGACCUGAAGAAGGUGUAUCAAAAGGCUGCUAGCGGCCAGUUCCUCGUGCAACCUCCCCAAGACAUCAUAGCCAAUUUGAAAGUCCAGGAACGAAGUCUUAACGACAUGUGGUCAACCGUGUUCUCGAUCCUAGGCCAACCAAUCGACUUUCACAGACACGUUAAGCGAUCAAUCUUCCUUCCUUUCGUUAACUUCAUUGGCAACAUCGUCAAUUUGGGCGCUACACUAGCUGUUGGAGUAGCCGUACGUUCGGUCCAACAUCGCGUGGACGUGAUGAAUCACGACAUCGUCGCAGUGCAGAGGAUCCAGGACCACCUGGCUCAACAAAUUGCGCAAAUCCACGCCACAGACCUUAGCCGAUCAAUGAUCUCAGCUGCCCGGUCUCGGCUUACCCAUGAACGGUUGUCAGUUCUUCAGGUGGAACAAGGACUGAAUCAACUACUUCUUCAUCGCUUUCCAACAGGACUUGUGGCGGGACCCCUCGUUCUGAAGUCCCUUCAAGAACUUGAAGUGUUGGCAAAAACGAAGAAUCAUGUGGUGCCAUUUCAAACUCUCAGCGCCUUCCUCCAGUUUCCAACUACCUGGAACGUCCAAGACGAAAUCCUUUCCAUCACAGUUCAGGUCCCAUUGGUAAAGAAAUCGUCAGAAAUGACUCUUUUCAAACUCGUGCCUGGACCAUUGGAAAUGUCAAGCUCGACAAUAGUUUUGCCCAAAAUCAAGGAUUUCAUUGCGACAUCUCCAGGGGAAAUUCAUUUUCACCUAGUUGGUGAGGAAGAUUUAGGGGACUGCAGUCGUUUCAAUGAACAUUAUGUUUGCAAGUCUUCGACGAGUUAUCAAAACUAUGAAGACUUUUGCGAGUCAGCGUUGUUCAUUGGAAAUGCAUCGGCUGCCAAGAAGCAUUGCGAAAUGAGAGUGUACGAGAGGCCAACUAUUCAAGAAGUUCUGGAUCAAGUGUUCCUACUCAUCCAUCCUCAGAAGGCAGACAUCGUUGUCCAAUGUCAUCCUGAGGACCCGGAAAAAUUGAGUGUCGUUGGAACCGCACUAAUCCAACUACCACCCGGUUGUUUCUUGAUAGGCCCACACUACUCCGCUUCAUCUCCCUA